GGGAGAGUGUCCGUCUGUUCUUGACAAGGAAAAUGAGGUUCCGGGUUCCCACCCCUACGCAUCUCUUGAACGAAAAGAACAAAACCAAGGGAAAUGAAACAUAAAAAGCACGACAUAAGAAGGAAAAGAAAAGCGACGGCGACGCAUCCCUUCUUCCCCUUGCCUGCAAUCCCCUUUCGUCUCUUCCUCUCUCCUGCUCCCCUCCUUCGGAUUCUGAAGCAAUCACAGGGCCACAUCAACAAAGGAAUGGGUGAUGCUGCGGCCGGAAGAUACUGGUGUCAUGUGUGCUCUCGUGUUGUGAAUCCGGUUAUGGAGGUGGAGAUGAAGUGCCCCGUAUGUGAUAGCGGGUUUGUGGAGGAGAUGGAGAGCUGGAGGGGAGAUUCUCAGGACGCGGAAUCGGAAUCAGAUUGGGCCCUCUCCCUGUGGGCUCCUAUCCUGUUGGGCAUGAUGGGACCUUCUCGGAGGCGACGAAGGUUCAGAAGAAGAGUAGAGGAGGACGAUCGCGAAGAGGAAGGGCAACUGCAGACAGAGGAUGAUGAGCAAACAGUGGGUGGAGAUGGAGAACCAGAAGCCGGUCAGAGGAGGAGGAGGAGCGGGGGCGCUGCAAUCCUUCAACUGCUUAGAAGCCUAAGAGAAGGAAUGGCGACAGAGCCCGACGACCCGGAAGCCAGCGAUCUGAAUCGCUUGGUAUUGAUAAAUCCCUUCCAUCACGCGAUAGUCCUUCAAAGAGCGCUGGAUUCGACUCAGGCGCAAGGCCAGAGUCGCGACUCAGGUUCCAACAACAGGGUUGGCGCCUCCCUGGGAGAUUAUUUCAUUGGGCCUGGCUUAGAUCUGCUCCUGCAGCAUCUUGCAGAAAAUGAUCCCAGCAGGUACAGGACCCCGCCGGCUCAGAAGGAGGCAGUUGAUGCGAUGCCCACGGUGCAAGUUGGUGAGAACCUGCGAUGUCCAAUAUGUAUAGAAGAUUUUGAGUUCGAGUCCAAGGCUAGGGAGAUGCCCUGCAAGCAUAAAUUCCACUCUGAGUGUAUUCUGCCAUGGCUGGAGCUUCACAGCUCCUGCCCUGUUUGCCGGUAUCAGAUGCCAGUAGACGAGUCCAAAGAAUCACACGGCUCCGGCAACGGUUCCGAUGGGGGAAAUGGGGUGAUAGGUAACGAUGAGGGAACUGCAGAAAGAGAUGGGGAAGAAGGGGCAGACAGCGCUAGGAGGUUUUGGGUACCCAUGCCGUGGCCUUUUAACGGGUUGUUCUCUCAGAGUGAUAAUACUUCUUUCCCUGGAAAUGCUUCGAGAAUAGAUGAAAAUUGAUGUUCCAUUUGAAAUUGCCGAGUGGCGGUUUGAUCUUCAUUCUCUGUGUACAUAAACCCUCUUUGUGAAUCACGCAAAAGCAAAGUAUGUUAUAUUCUGCCUCUGACCUGUUGUGGAGUUCCUCUCUACUGAGCGAUAAUGAAAGUGCUCUACUGCUAUAAUUAAGCUUUUGUAUAUCUGUAUGCUUGUAGUAGCAAUCAGCUUUUCUAUAAUGCUCGUAGCAGCAAUCCUUGUAAGAAGUAAUGGGAAACCAUCCCGCCAACAAUCUCUUUUUAUUUUUCGCAGUAUCUCCAGAAAGAGGGUGAUCGAAAUCAUGUAUAAUAUGCUACUCAACAUCUGUGAUUUUAUCUGUUGAAGAAUUUAUUAUUGCUUGCA